AUGCCGCCGCGCCGUCGGGGAUCAUCGGGCUACCGCGGCGUCCGCCUGCGCCCCUCCGGCGCCUACUACGCCGAGAUCCGGUCCGGUGACUUUCGCCUCGGCCUCGGCAUGUUCGAGAACGAGGCCGCCCGCGCGUAUGACGCGGCGGCGUGGCGUCUAUGGAGGCCUCACGCGCAAAUGAACUUCGACGACGUCUACACGCGCGAGCAAGCGCAGCGCGUCGCCCCUCCGCCUCCUCUGAUAACAGACCAGGGCCGUGAGGACCACCGUCGGCUGCAGCGCCGCCUCCUCAUCACCGAGGAGGACGAGCGAGCCAUGUCAGAGUGGCGUCGGCGCCACCCGGAGGACGUCGCCGCCGAGAACGCCGUCUGGGCAAAGAGGACGGCAAGGCGCCGCGUGGAGCGUGCGGACAAGCAUCGGCGCAAGGCACUGGCCAUAUCGCAGUGCUAUCUCGUCAACACCGGUGGGAAGUCGUUCUUCGGGACAAACGAUGAACGUUGGGAUGACAUUUGGCUUGAUACCUCGGACAACACCACCGAGGAUGAUGAUGAUGAGGACGAAUGGGAAUAG